AUGCAUGCCAUGGCUGCGGCGUCAUUUGCAAGCUGGCAACCGCUUCUGAGCCGGGAGGCAGCGCAGCUGCCCAGUUCUAAGCCAAGUAUCAGGUCCGUGCCAAACAGGGACAGCUUUCUAGCGGGUUCCAGCUGCCAGACAAUUGGAUUUGUGCUUGGCAUGACCUUUAUUCGCAGCCGACAAUGGCAUAAGUGCGGGGGCCUUGCUCGUUGCGCACGGGGUGUGAUGGAUUACUACGAGGUGCUGGGAGUAAGCAAGAGCGCCAACGAACGUGAGAUCAAGUCGAGCUUCAGAAAGUUGGCACGCAAGUACCAUCCAGACAUCAACAAAGAGCCUGGGGCGCAGGAAAAGUUUCAGCUGAUUGCUAAAGCUUAUGAGGUUCUUUCAGAUACGCAGAAGCGGCAACAGUACAACCACUUUGGAGAAGGCGGUCUUUCUGGCAUGAGCUCUGGACCCGACCUGUCCGAGGUUGAUCUUGAUGAUAUCCUAGGUGAUGUUUUCAGCUCUUUUUUUGGGGGGCGCCCUCGUGGAGAUGAUGGUGGCUUUGAAGGAGUUGGUGUUGGUGGUGCUGCUGCCCGUGGACGAAGAUCUAGCCGGGCACGAGGCAGGAAAGCCCGGGCCCAAAGAGGCGCAGACCUAGAAUGCAAGGUAGAAAUACCUUUCCAAGUUGCAUGUUUUGGAGGGCGUCAUGUUGUACACAUCAACAGGGAAGAGGUCUGUGAGACAUGCAACGGGCACGGCAUUAAUCCUGGGGCUGAAAAGACGCAGCAGUGCCGCAAAUGCGAGGGCUCGGGCGUCACGGUCCGGUUUAUGCAAACGCCUUUAGGUGGAAUGCAGACUCAGCAGGUUUGCUCAAAAUGUAAAGGCUCUGGUAUAGAUCCAGCGGCAACUUGCAGUGCGUGCGGUGGCAAAGGCACCCAGAGCAUGCGUCGUGAGGUUGCCGUGAACAUUCCUGUGGGUUGCAAUGCUGGCAGCAAGCUGCGGGUACGAGGAGAAGGCGACAAAGGUGCCAGGGGAGGACCACCUGGAGACCUGUACAUCAUGCUGAAGAUUGGCCAGUCUGAUGAGUUUGUCCGGGAUGGCACGGACAUCUACAGUGAGCAGGGUGUUAGCGUGUUUGAUGCCAUGCUUGGCACUUCCCUUCAGAUCCGCACGGUGGAUGGCGAAGCAACAGUGAAGGUUCCUGCUGGGACCCAGCCUGGGAUGACAAUGCGGCUUCGAGGGCGUGGCGUCCCGAAACUUGAGUUGGAGGGAGAGCGAGGCGACCACUAUGUGACGAUGCGAGUAGAGGUGCCAUACCGCUUGGACGACCGGCAGCGUAAGCUUGUUGCAAAACUUCGCGAUGCAUGUCAUGUUCAAGACGAAGCACCGGCGAUCCAGCAACAAUGA